UACGUUGGUACCUACGAAUUCCAAGUUCGAGCUGUCAAAGGGGAAAACCAUGCUUCUACUGACGUUACUAUGCGUAUUCUACCAGCCUAUAGAUGUGUGCCGGCAUUUAUAGGAGAUAGAAAUCUUGAAUUUUUAAUUAAUGAGAAUAUGCCUCCUGGAACAAAAAUGGGUACAACUUCAGCAGUAAAAUUAAAUGAUAAAUGCGAGUUGAAGUAUUUGCUGUGGGAUCCAAUGUCGCACAAAUACACAAAUGAAACAAAGAUUGCUUCAAUUGACACGAUUACUGGUGAAAUUCGAAGCCGAAUUUCGUUUGAUUAUGAGAAACAGGCAAUGUACCCGCUGGUACUUGGUCUCCAAGCUGGUGCGCAUCAGUUCGCUCAAAUGUCUAGUACAAUACGGAUUAAGGAUGUUGAUGAUCAUCCUCUUGACGCCGUGCUGAGCAGGGUUACGGUUGAAGUAAGUUUCUUGUAGCUACAAAUUGGUGCCUCUAACGACGAAGAUGCCCGAAUUGACGAUAUUGAAGUUUGGAUGUCAUUGAAUAUUAUUGUAACAGAUGUGUAA